AUGGAAGCUUCAGAUUCAUUGUCAAACAUACCUAAUCACAUCAUUCGACAUAUACUUUUGCAGUUGUCGGUGAAGUCUGUGAUCCGGUGCAAAUGCGUAUGUAAACAGUGGCGUUCAUUGAUACAAGACGACUCAGAUUUCAAGCUCUUGUAUCGUGGACAAAGACGAGUGAUCAUCCUCGGGCCCGAAUUCACCAGAUUCUUCGUUAGAUCCACAAGCCAUGAUCUUCGUCUUCAAAGGCAUAAAUGGCCGUUCGGAGAGGGUUAUCCAUUGAUUCGUGCAAGCAACAAAUACUUUGUUAGAUUGUGUUCUUGCAAUGGGCUUGUGCUUCUGGUGACUGAGAGAAAUCUUUUGUUGUGGAACCCGUCCACCAGGUGUUCGACGAAAGUCCUCGAGCUACCAUAUUGGGGGUCAAGAAGGGUUAUCCUUGCAGGACUAUGCUACGACUCCUGCACUAGAGAUUACAAGGUUGUCCUAUUACUUUACUGCAAUUUUAACAAUUCAUUAUUAGUCAUCUCUGCCAGCCUCAACCACAAAGAGUGGCGACCAGUGGACUUCCCUUAUAGUUUCUUGCCGAAUUCUAUUAGAGGCGGUGUUAACUUCCGCAAUACAUUUCACUGGUGGGUGGUAAGUGACAUCAAAUAUCAGGGUUGA